AUGUCGGAGAAAUUCUCACCGACCUUGAGGCUCGGAGAUCUCAGCGAUUUCAUUGCUCCGUCUCAAGCUUGUGUCAUAUCUCUCAAGGGUCCCAAAAAACCCAAAGAGAAGAAGCCUGAUCGACCCCAGGUUGUGAUUUCCCCAAAAGAACAAAUGGAAGCUGUCAAAAUUUCUCUCAAGGAUUGCUUGGCUUGCAGUGGAUGCAUAACAUCGGCUGAGACAGUUCUGCUUCAGAAGCAAAACUAUGACGAGUUUCUCUCCGCUCUUAGCAGAAGCAAGGACGUGGUCGUCUCCAUUUCCCCACAGUCGAGAGCCUCGCUCGCGGUUCACUACGAUAUCUCUCCUCUUAGUGUUUUCAAGAAGCUCACUACGUUCUUGAAGUCUCUUGGAGUUAAAGCUGUGUUUGAUACGAGCUGCAGCAGAGACUUGGUUCUCAUUGAAGCUUGUAAUGAGUUUGUAAGACGUUACAAGCAAGCUAGUUCUGAUGAUGAUGGUCAUGGUGAAGAUUCUGAGUCCUCCCCUCUCCCUCUGCUUUCCUCUGCUUGUCCUGGUUGGAUAUGUUAUGCUGAAAAGAUGCUUGGCUCGUUUGUUCUGCCGUAUGUGUCUUCUGUGAAGAGUCCUCAGCAAAGUAUUGGAGCUGUGAUCAAACACCAUCUCUGUCAAUCGUUGGGACUUAGGCUGGAAGAAAUCUACCAUGUGACUAUGAUGCCUUGUUACGAUAAGAAGCUGGAGGCAUCAAGAGAUGAUUUUGUGUUUGGAGAUGACCUGACUGAGGUUGAUUCCGUGCUGACAACUGGCGAAAUACUUGAGCUGAUAAAGUUGAAAGGAGUCGACUUUAAAGAGUUGGAGGAAUCUCCGCUUGAUAGAUUGCUGACGAAUGUUACUGAGGAAGGACAUCUCUACGGUGUAGCUGGAAGCUCUGGUGGUUACGCAGAAACAAUCUUCAGACAUGCGGCAAAAGCACUCUUUGGACAAACCAUUGAAGGUCCUCUUGAGUUUAAAACUCUAAGGAAUUCUGAUUUCCGUGAAUUAACUCUCCAAGUGGAAGGCAAAACAUUGUUGAAAUUCGCGACGUGUUACGGUUUCCGGAACAUUCAGAACAUUGUCCGGAGAAUCAAAACCGGCAAAUACGAGUAUCAGUACGUGGAGAUUAUGGCAUGCCCUACAGGUUGCUUGAAUGGUGGUGGCCAAAUCAAACCAAAGAUAGGCCAGUCUCCGAAAGAAUUGAUCAACUCACUGGAAGCUACUUAUAUGAAUGAUACUACGUUGGUUUCAGAUCCAUUCCAGAAUCCAAUAGCCAAGAGAUUAUACGAAGAUUGGCUUAUAGAGCCUGGCUCCAAUGAGGCCAAGAAGUUCUUGCAUACUCAGUACCAUCCCAUCGUUAAAAGCGUUACCUCUCAGCUCAACAAUUGGUAG